AAUCUUUAUAGUCUGUGAGGGAGGAGGGUCCCUUCUUCAACUCUGCUUCUCUUUCUUCUUGAAAAAGUUCAAUGAAGAGCAAACCACUUCAAAGCUUUGUUCCCUUUCUCCCAAGUCUCUUGCAGUUUUUUCUCAUUUAACCCAAUUGGGUUUUCUUUCUUUCUCCAUUUCCAUCACUGUUUCUCCUUCAACUUUUGAAAACAUUAAUUACAACUUCAAUCUCUCUUCUCCAAGCAUUUAAUGGCAUUCAUAUCAAUUACUCAUUUCAUCCCACACGGGUUUUACCUGCGUUUCAUGUCCUUAGACAGAACCCACUAACCAAUCUCGUUCCUUCUUCUUUUUUCUGAAGAUCUCUUUGUUUUGCUUUCGAACCCAGUUUGGAUUUUCUUCAGAAGCCCUUCUGCAGAUCCUUUCUCUCAUGGAUCUACUGAACAGGUUUUAUUAUCAACAUGGAACUCAAGUUUUUCCUCCUCCGUUCAGAAGCCACCAACAACAGACGAUCUAUGGGUCACCCACGUCUUCUUCUUCUUCUUCUUCGGACACUAGUUUCCCCAUCUUAGCCAUUGCUAUACUUGGAAUCACAACAACAGCUAUUCUACUGGUGAGUUACUAUGUCUUCGUCAUCAAAUGCUGCUUGAACUGGCACCGUUUUGAUCUCCUUAGACGAUUUUCUAUUUCACAAGCUCGACGACAUGAGGACCCUUUAAUGGUAUAUUCUCCGGCAGUUUUGAGUCGAGGCCUCGAUGAAGUACUGAUCCGUGCAAUCCCCAUUAUUCAGUUCAAGAAGGGAGGAGAGAAUAAAGAAAAUGAAGAGAUGGUGAGCUUUAUCGAGUGUGCAGUUUGUUUGAAUGAGUUUCAGGAAGAAGAGAGCCUAAGAGUUCUACCCAAUUGCGCCCACGCCUUCCAUAUUGACUGCAUCGAUGUAUGGCUCCAAAGCAAUGCCAACUGCCCCCUUUGCAGAUCAAGCAUUUCAAGCACAACCCGAAUUCCCAUUGAUCAAAUCAUCGCACCCACCUCUUCUCCUCAGGAUCCAACUCCAUUUAUGGGGAGUAGCAUUGGUGGGGAUGAAGAUUUUGUAGUAAUUGAAUUGAGGGAUGAACAGAGUGUUGGUCAAUCAAGCCAUAGACGUCAAGGAACUGGGAUUUCAGGAGAGCUUUCAGUUCAAUCGAUAAGCCCUUCUCCAAGGAAGCUAGAGCAGAGACCUGUUGUACCCAAAAAGACAAGGAAGUUCCAUCAUAUGUCAAGCAUGGGAGAUGAAUGUAUUAAUGUCAGAGAGAAAGAUGAUCAGUUCUCAAUCCAGCCCAUCAGGAGAUCUUUCUCCAUGGACUCCUCAGCCGAUCGGCAGCUCUACUUAUCUGUCCAAGAGAUUAUACAACAUAAUAGGCAUCUCAAUGAGGUUAGCACUAGUGAAGCUUGUAGCAGCAGAGUACGCAGAUCUUUCUUUUCAUUUAGCCAAUGCAGAGGAUCCAGGAAUGCUGUUCUUCCUAUCCAAUCUGAACUUGAAAAUUGAAGAAAGAGAGAUCAUCUUUUGUUUAUCUUUAUCCUUCUUUUCUGGUUUUUAUUUUUACCCUUUUCUGUUAGUGUAACAUUAAAAUUGUUAGGAGGCCAUUCAUUAAAGGUUAAUGUGAGAUAAGUAGGAUCAGUUUGAUUUUAUUGUAUAGCAAUUUGAGUUUUGGGAUUAUGUGAAGCUGAAGCAACAUAACUGGAAAGGAGCUUGAAAUGAGUAGUAAUGGAAUCGUGGGCAUUGAUUAUAACCA